AUUUUAAGGUUUUGAGAUGUCAAGUUCUGGAGAAGAGCCGAAAGUUAAGCAGAAAAUUGAACCUAAAGAGUUAUACAAGCUACGUCAAGAGACGAGGGAUUUACCAAAGAAGAAAUUUAGUAGAAUCAAGCAUUUGCCGCCACUCGAUAAAGAGCCAGAUUACGUUAUCAAGACUAGGCCACCCAUGCUCGGAGAUUGGAGACUCAAUGCCGUCAGAGGUAUCAAGGAAAACGCCCUGCUUAAGGAAGCAGGGCCAAUUGCGAGUAGAAAAUGAUGGAAAGAAGGUGAAGCCUUCUCUGACUGCACUCUAGAGGCUGGCCUAGGAAGAGAAUAUAAAUGCAAAGAUCUCUUUGAAGAAUAUAAAGCUUGCUGAAAAUGGGAAACCCAAGUUGAAAUGGACAAGCUUCGGAGAGACACGAAGAGGCAUACAGAGUGGUGGUGGCUCUGCCUUUAUGAUGAACAUGGCGAGAUUGGAGAGCAAGCUAAGUUCAAGCCAAAUGAGCUUACUGGGUUUAAAUGGCUCAAGUUUUACUUCUAUAAUUUCUUAUAUGGGCCUCCUAAAGAGUCAAAAGAAGAUACUGAAAAACAUGAGGAGAGACUUAAGGAGCUAAAGAAGAAGCAGCAUACCAAUUUGGAGAAGACUCAACAACUUUUCUUACAGAAAUACCACUAUGAUGACGAUAUAGACCCUAGUCUAUUUGAGAUUUACACUGUUUAG